AUUAUGAUAGACGCUGAUGUUUUAUUUUUUCAACCGCCAGAAGUCAUUUUUGAAUCAGCCGGCUACAAGGAGAUGGGUGCUGUCAUUUUUCGUGAUAGAACACUUGAAUAUGGAACUUGGAAUCAUGGACCAUCUUUGAAACGUCUUGUAGAGGAAAUCGCGCAUCCGUACUUGAGUAAUCUUAUUUAUCCCGAAGCUCGAGUUAUGCGCAAGAAAACUGCCCAGGAAAUUGAUGCUGGUGUAGUUGUUUGGGAUAAAAUGCGAACCAUGCCUGCCAUACUCCUUACUUGUCUGCUCAAUAGUUCUCCAUACAAACAUUGGAUUUAUGAUCGAACUCUUGGCGACAAAGAAACAUUCUGGCUUUCCCACGAGGCAUUACACUUGCCUCUUUAUGUCCCAAAAGACAAUGGUGGUUCGAUUGGAAGGCUGACCGAAAGUCGCGGCACUUAUGCUGUCUGUGGUAAGCUAUAUCAUCAAGAUGAGGAAGGAAAACCGCUGUGGUUUAAUGGUGGCGUUGGGCUGCGUGUUCCAUCCAAAGAUUUAAAAAUGGUUCAGCUCACUCAUUGGGCAACGGAAAGCUCCGCCGACAACGUCUAUUGGGAUCUCACAACCGAGCCGUUUUGCCUUAUUGCCAAGUUGGAUGCACCUUCUGGAUACACAGACCCUCACAUUGGAAGUUUGGAUCCUGCUGAAGUAGCUCUUACUCAGAAAAUGUCAGAUCUAUGGAAAGAGUAUUUUCAAUUAUAAUAAAGCUAAACUUGGCUGAAUG